AAACUGCUAUAAGUCUCCACUCCACUCCUAUCUGCUCUGCUCAAAGACCACUAGUUUUCUUGCAGGUGUCUCUCCAACUCUACAACUUUUCUUGUUUAAUUAAUCAACGCAUGGCUGCCACCAUCUCCACCGUUGGAGCUGUCAACAGGGCACCACUAGCCUUGAAUGGCUCUGGUGCUGGAUCCUCUGUCCCAACUUCGGCUUUCUUGGGCAGCAGCUUGAAGAAAGUGAGCUCAAGGUUGACAAACUCCAAGGUUUCAUCAGGAAGCUUCAAGGUUGUUGCAGAGUACGAUGAGCAGAAGCAGACUGACAAGGACAGAUGGGGAGGCCUUGUCUCUGACACAUCUGAUGACCAACAAGAUAUCACCAGAGGGAAGGGUUUGGUGGACUCUCUCUUCCAAGCCCCCAUGGGAACCGGAACCCACCACGCCGUUUUGAGUUCUUAUGAGUACAUUAGCGCUGGGCUUCGUCAAUACAACUUGGACAACAACAUGGAUGGUUUCUACAUUGCUCCUGCUUUCAUGGACAAGCUUGUUGUUCACAUCACCAAGAACUACAUGACCCUGCCAAACAUCAAGGUUCCUCUCAUCUUGGGUAUCUGGGGAGGCAAAGGUCAAGGAAAAUCCUUCCAGUGUGAGCUUGUCUUUGCCAAGAUGGGAAUCAAUCCAAUCAUGAUGAGUGCUGGAGAAUUGGAAAGUGGAAACGCUGGUGAACCCGCCAAGCUCAUCAGGCAAAGGUACCGUGAAGCAGCAGAUAUCAUUAAGAAGAAGGGAAAAAUGUGCUGCCUCUUUAUCAACGAUCUUGAUGCUGGAGCAGGUAGGCUUGGAGGAACAACCCAGUACACUGUGAACAACCAGAUGGUGAAUGCUACCCUUAUGAACAUUGCUGAUAACCCAACAAAUGUGCAACUUCCUGGCAUGUACAACAAGGAGGAGAAUCCCCGUGUCCCUAUCAUCGUCACUGGUAACGAUUUCUCUACAUUGUAUGCUCCUCUUAUCCGUGAUGGUCGUAUGGAGAAAUUCUACUGGGCACCCACCAGGGAAGAUAGAAUUGGUGUCUGCACUGGAAUUUUCAGAACCGACGGUGUUCCUUUUGAACACAUUGUCAAGCUUGUCGAUGCCUUCCCGGGUCAAUCCAUUGACUUCUUCGGUGCUCUGAGGGCAAGAGUUUACGAUGAUGAAGUGAGGAAGUGGGUUACAGGCGUUGGAGUGCAGGCCGUUGGGAAGAAGCUUGUGAACUCAAUCGAAGGACCCCCAACAUUCGAGCAGCCAAAGAUGAACCUGGAAAAGCUCCUUGAGUACGGACAGAUGCUUGUCCAAGAACAAGAGAAUGUGAAGAGAGUCCAAUUGGCUGACAAGUACUUGAAUGAGGCUGCUCUUGGUGAAGAGAACCAAGAUUCCAUUGAUAGAGGAACUUUUUAGGCCUUUUUAUUAGGAUUUUUAUGUUGUUUGUGGAAGGAUAAGCACUUCCCAACUGAUGCUGGAAUGAUCAUCCUAUAGUCCUGUAUUUUUUCCUUGUCUUAAAUGGAUUGUUGUCCCUCUAAUUUUGUUUGUUUAUUACAACAUUCAAUCUUGAAAUCUGCUUCGUUUCCUACCACCAA